AUGACCAUAGACAACGACCUGGGAUUCUACGCGCCUUUAUGCCCAGGCACAGUUGACAUUCCCAACCCACGGCCCUAUCAGAGAUCGAAGAACCCAACUGUGAAGUGCCAUAGCCUUCUCCGCUGUACAAGCGAGUCAUGUAAGCGGGCCAUGGCACAAUACAGGCAGGCCUAUUCGUCUAGGCUCUUGAACCGCGAUCUCGCAGCAGUUCUAAACUUCAGACUCAUUUUCCAGUCACUCUGUGACUCAAGCAGUAUUCCUGAACGGCUCUGUCGUUCUACGGCCAUUGCUGCCGAUGCUUCCGGUACCACCCCUGCAACAAAGAGGCCGCGCAAGAGGCGUGCAGCAGCGGACUAG